GUGAACUGCUCUACGCACGGGCUAGUUUGGACUGCGCGAAGCUCCGUAGCUAGAGCCAAAGGAAGGGAAAAAGGAAGCGGUGAGCGGGGCCGCCUGGGAGCAUGGAGCUGCUGCCUGUGUGCGCCUAACCGGAGCGCGCCCGAGCCAUCUCCACCAUGGCUACGUCAUCCGAAGAAGUGUUACUGAUUGUCAAGAAGGUGCGCCAGAAGAAACAAGAUGGGGCCCUUUACUUGAUGGCGGAAAGGAUUGCCUGGGCCCCUGAGGGGAAGGACCGGUUCACUGUGAGCCACAUGUACGGAGAUAUCAAAUGUCAGAAGAUCAGCCCCGAUGGCAAAGCAAAAGUCCAGCUCCAGCUCGUCCUGCACACGGGAGAGAACACAAACUUACAUUUCUCCAAUGAAAGCACAGCAAUAAAGGAGAGGGACGCCGUGAAAGAGCUGCUGCAGCAGCUGCUCCCCAAGUUCAAGCGAAAGGCGAACAAGGAACUGGAGGAAAAGAACAGGAUGCUGAAGGAGGACCCGGUCUUGUUCCAGCUCUACAAGGACCUGGUGGUCAGUCAGGUGAUCAGCGCCGAGGAGUUCUGGGCUAAUCGCUUGAGCCUCAACUCCCUGGAGAACAGCCUGUCCAAUAACAAGCAAGACGUGGGGAUCUCCGCUGCCUUCCUGGCUGAUGUUCGUCCCCAAACUGAUGGGUGCAAUGGUCUGAGAUAUAACCUGACCCCGGAUAUCAUCGAGUCCAUAUUCCGCACAUAUCCAGCAGUAAAGCUGAAAUACGAUGAGAACGUUCCCCACAACAUGACGGAGAAGGAGUUCUGGACUCGCUUUUUUCAGUCACAUUAUUUUCAUCGAGACCGGCUCAACACUGGAUCUAAAGACUUGUUUGCGGAGUGCGCCAAGAUGGAUGAGAAAGGUCUGAAGUCUUUGGUCUCCCAAGGGGUAAAGAAUCCAAUGUUAGACUUGUUGUCUCUGGAGGACAAGUGUCUUGAUGAGGGAUAUGGGAUGUCGUCUGUGCCAUCAACUUCAAAUGCAAAAUCUGUGAAAGAGAACAGCAAUGCUGCCAUCAUCAAACGAUUCAACCACCACAGUGCCAUGGUGCUGGCAGCGGGACUCCGAAAAGAAGAAGCACAAAAUGACCAAUACAGUGAGACGAGUAGCACAGAUGGCAAUUCCCGGGACUCCGACUUCUUCCAGCCCCCUGUAAAGAAGGUGAAGUUGCAGGAGGCCAUAGACUAUGAAGACUUAGAAGAACGUACCCGUAUCAAACCAAUAGCACUAAACCUCAAGAAAUCAGAUAGGUAUUAUCAUGGUCCAACUCCGGUCCAAUCCCAGCAAUAUACAACCAGUCAGGAUAUUAUUAACUCCUUCAAUAGUAUUAAACAACAAAUGGAAAGCUAUGUACCAAGACUAACUCAGGUUCUUUCAAACAGCGCUGCUAGUAGUACAAUUUCUGCUUUGUCCCCUGGAGGUGCUUUGAUGCAAGGAGGGACCCAGCAAGCCAUAAACCAGAUGGUGCCAAACGAUGUCCAGUCUGAGCUGAAGCACUUGUACGUGGCGGUGGGUGAGCUGCUCCGUCAUUUCUGGUCCUGUUUCCCCGUUAAUACUCCCUUCUUAGAGGAAAAGCUUAUUAAGAUGAGGAAUAACUUGGAAAGGUUCCAGGUUACUAAACUGUGUCCAUUCCAGGAGAAGGUGAAGAAACUCUACCUUAGCACAAACCUCACGAGUCACUUAGAAGAAAUGCUUCAAACAGCGUACAACAAGUUUCAGAUGUGGCAGUCUCGCCGCAUGUUGAAGAAAACGUGAGGUUUUUCUGUCCCAGACAUGGGGGGGAAAAAAAAAAGAA